AACUGCGCAGCUGCUUCUGCCUCAGUGUGAGCGCGUGACAGGGGGCUCGUGUCUGAGGAUGAGGAGCUCAUCUGUUCCCUGCAGGCUCCUCCUUGUGCUCCUCUGCAGGUGUGCGCAUUUGGAAUAUGAGCGCAGAGUUUCUGCCUAAAGUCUGCUCCUCUUCCUCCUCCUCUCUCCGAACCACAGGAACAUGGCAGCUCCAGGAGCCGCUCCGCUCCGGCGGGGCUCCAUCACCGUCCUCCUGGCGCUUCUGCUCCUCGCCGGUUCCUCCUGGAGCAGAGAUGUCCUCACAGGAAACGACGAGCCGUGGACAGAAGAGAACCCACGCAGCGUGGAGGACCAUCACGGAGCGAACUCCACGGGUCCGAGGAAAGCUUUCCCCGUCCUCGCCUUUAACUAUGAGGAGGUCAGGAAGCCCUUUGAGAUCUCCCUCUGGAUCCUGCUGGCCCUCCUCAUGAAGCUCGGUUUCCACAUCAUUCCCAGAGUAUCCCACGUCGUUCCAGAGAGCUGCCUGCUGAUCUUCGUCGGCCUGCUUGUUGGUGGCGUCAUCAAAGCGAUGGAUGAGGAGGCUCCGGUCCUCCGGACCGAGAUUUUCUUCUUCUACCUGCUGCCUCCCAUCAUCCUGGAUGCCGGCUUCUUCCUGCCCAUCCGGGCCUUCGCAGAGAACCUGGGCACCAUCCUGGUUUUUGCGGUGGUGGGGACGCUGUGGAACGCCUUCUUCAUCGGCGGGAUGAUGUUCGCCGUGUGUCAGAUCGAAGCAGCCCAGGUCGGCCAUGUUGACCUGCUGUCUUGUCUGCUGUUCGGCUCCAUCGUCUCGGCCGUGGACCCCGUGGCGGUGCUGGCCGUGUUUGAAGAAAUCCACAUCAACGAGCUGCUGCACAUCCUGGUGUUUGGAGAGUCGCUUCUGAAUGACGCUGUGACUGUGGUUCUGUAUCACCUGUUUGACGAGUUUUCCCAUGCAGGAACUGUUACCGUUGGCGACGCCUUCCUGGGCGUGGUCUCUUUCUUCGUAGUUUCGCUCGGUGGCAUCCUGGUAGGUGUCAUCUACGGCGUCCUGGGAGCCUUCACGUCCCGCUUCACCUCGCACACCCGUGUCAUCGAGCCCCUGUUUGUCUUCCUCUACAGCUACAUGGCCUACCUCUCUGCAGAGGUCUUCCAUCUGUCAGGCAUCAUGUCGUUGAUUGCCUGUGGUGUGAUCAUGCGGCCGUACGUGGAGGCCAACAUCUCCCACAAGUCGUACACCACCGUCAAAUACUUCCUGAAGAUGUGGAGCAGUGUGAGCGAGACGCUGAUCUUCAUCUUCCUCGGGGUGUCCACAGUGGAGGGCCCCCACAGAUGGAACUGGACCUUUGUGAUCUUCACACUCGUUUUCUGUCUCCUCUCCAGAGUCUUGGGCGUCGUUGGUCUCACAUUCAUUAUCAAUAAGUUUCGUGUUGUGAAGCUGACCAAAAAAGACCAGUUCAUUGUGGCCUACGGUGGCCUGCGAGGUGCAAUUGCCUUCUCUCUCGGUUUCCUUCUGACCCACGAGAUGAAGGACCUGUUCCUCACAGCCAUCAUCACGGUCGUCUUCUUCACCGUCUUUGUGCAGGGGAUGACCAUCAGGCCUCUGGUGGAGCUCCUCGCUGUGAAGAAGAAGAAGGAGAGCAAAGCGUCUAUAAACGAGGAGAUCCACACACAGUUCCUGGAUCACCUGCUGACAGGAAUCGGGGACAUAUGUGGACAUUAUGGACACCAUCACUGGAAAGACAAGUUACUUCGCUUCAACAAGACGUACAUGAAGAAGUGGCUGAUCGCCGGCGAGCGAUACAACGAGCCGCAGCUCAUCUCGUUCUACAACAAGCUGGAGAUGAAGCAGGCCAUGAUGCUGGUGGAGAGCGGGAACGCCGCCAAGCUGCCGUCCGUCGCUGCGGCCCAAAUCAACCAGCAACAGAAGGAAGAGGCCCGACCACGAGCGAUCCCGCGGAUCUCAAAGACCCGCGAGGCCGAGAUCCGGAAGAUCCUGCGGGCCAACCUGCAGAACACCCGGCAAAGGCUGCGCUCGUACAGCAGACACGACCUCUUCAUGGACCCGUUUGAGGACGACAUGAGUGAAGUUCGCUUCAGGAAGCAGAGGGUGGAGAUGGAGAGGCGGAUGAGCCACUACCUCACUGUCCCUGCAAAGCGACAGGAGACCCCCUCAGUGAGGAAAGUUUGCUUCGAACCUGAGCAUAAAGUCUACACCUACGAUGACAGCGAGAGCCCAGGGGGGGGAGCUGUCCAGCUGAAUCCCCGCCGCCCUGACCAAGUCUCCCUGCUUCAAGAGUCGCCUCAGUCCGACGACCAAUCGGCGAGGCAGAAACCGUCCCGCUGCCUCAGCGAUCCCGGCCCUAACGACGAUGAGGAAGGAAGCCGUGAUACGCCGUCGUGAUGAAGGGCGCUCGUCUGGGCUGCCGACGACGUUUGUUAGUGAUGCGUGAUAUGAACUGAUGCAGGUCCGCGUUUUCAGAACCAAAGAAAUCUUCAGGGGUUGAGCGGUGAGGCGGGCCGAAACGCCACCUCCAAAAAGCACAAAGGAAGGAGUUCUCUAUUAGAGUAACACUGCAAAAAAGUCCUGAAGCAGGUCGUUUCUUUGCAUUACUGCUUCCAGGAAGACCUAGAUUAU